AUGGCCAAAGUCGUGCGGGACAAGCUCACGCACAAGUCCAAGGGCUAUGGCUUUGUGAGCUUCCUCGACCCCUUUGACGCGGCCAAGGCCAUGCGCGAAAUGAACGGCAAGUACAUUGGCAACCGCCCGGUCAAGAUCUCCAAGGGCAAGUGGGAAGACCGGUCCAUCGACGUGGUCAAGAAGAAGAAGGGCGGCAAGAAGAACAAGAAACAUCUCUUCAGUUAG